AUGGGUGCCAGCAGUGCCAGUAUGGCAGCACAGGGUGAUCGUCAGCAUGAGUGCCAGCAGUGCCAGUAUGGCAGCACUGGCUCCCACGCCCACUCACGUCAAGCUCACACCCAUCACGUCAAGCCCACACCCACUCACGUCAAGCCCACACCCACUCACGUCAAGCCCACACCCACUCACGUCAAGCCCACACCCACUCACGUCAAGCUCACACCCACUCACGUCAAGCCCACACCCACUCACGUCAAGCCCACACCCACUCACGUCAAGCUCACACCCACUCACGUCAAGCCCACACCCACUCACGUCAAGCCCACACCCACUCACGUCAAGCCCACACCCACUCACGUCAAGCUCACACCCACUCACGUCAAGCCCACACCCACUCACGUCAAGCCCACACCCACUCACGUCAAGCUCACACCCACUCACGUCAAGCCCACACCCACUCACGUCAAGCUCACACCCACUCACGUCAAGCUCACACCCACUCACGUCAAGCCCACACCCACUCACGUCAAGCCCACACCCACUCACGUCAAGCCCACACCCACUCACGUCAAGCCCACACCCACUCACGUCAAGCCCACACCCACUCACGUCAAGCCCACACCCACUCACGUCAAGCGCACACCCACUCACGUCAAACCCACACCCACUCACGUCAAACCCACACCCACUCACGUCAAGCCCACACCCACUCACGUCCAACCCACACCCAGUCAAGCCCACACCCACUCACGUCAAGCCCACACCCACUCACGUCAAGCCCACACCCACUCACGUCAAGCCAGAGCCAGCUCGAUGACUCACCAGGGUGCCUCGUCUGGUGCCAGGAGCCAGGAGCCACCGCGCUGUGGGGCGUCUUAG